UCUUCGGUGGAAGCAGCUUCUUACCUGAGCAGCAGCAGCGGCUGCAGGAGCAACAUUAGCAGCUAAAAACAACAUUAGCAGCUAAAAACAGCAACAUUAGCAGCUAAAAACAACAACAUUAGCAGCUAAAAACAGCAACAUUAGCAUCUAAAAACAGCAACAUUAGCAGCUAAAACACCAUUGGAGCCGGGAUGAGCGGUCGUGGGGCAGCGCAUGCGCGGUGAGAGCGGUUCCUGACGGUUCUGCUGACCAGGGGACCCCCAGGGUGACGUCAUGGAGCUGCUGGACUUCGAGGAAUGUCUGCGGGACUCCCCGGGGUUCAGGCGGACUCUGGACCGGUUCCAGGCGGACGUGUCGGUGCUGGAGACCCAGCUGGAGAAGGUGAUGCGUCUGUGCGGGGCGAUGGUGGAGGCGGGUCAGGCCUACGGCGCUAGCAGCCAGCUGUUCCUGCGCGGCCUGGCCGAGCUGUUCUCCACCCACCGGCAGGACGGCGUGGUGUCGACCUGCCUGAACCAGUUCCAGCAGGGUCUGCAGGAGAUGCUGAGCUUCCACACGAUGCUGCUGGACCAGACACAGCGAGCCAUCAACCAGCAGCUGAUGAACCUCUGCACGCAGUUCCUGCCCCAGCUGGCCGACACCAGGAAGGAGUUGGUCCGGAUCGGCGAGGACCUGGACACGGCGGCGCAGAAGAACGCCCAGGUGUCGCGGCACAAAGCCGCCGACGCCGAGCGGGCCAGUCACCUGCUGCUCGCCACGCGCAAGUGCCACCAGCACUUUGCCCUGGACUACGUCCUGCAGCUCAACACGUUCCAGACGCAGCAGAGGAUCGACGUCCUGAACUCGGUUUUCUCCUUCGUCCACGCCCAGUUCACCUUCUUCCACCAAGGGUUCGACCUGCUCCGGGACCUGGAGCCGGCCAUGAAGACGAUGGCGGCGCAGCUGUCCCAGCUGUCGGCCGACUGCGCCGCCCGGAGGAAGGAGCUGGAGAACCAGCACCUGCAGGUGCAGCAGCGGGUCGGGCUGCAGCUGUCGCCCUCGCCGUCUCCAAAGGAUGCGUCAGGUGAGUCCAGGGUCGGCCCGCGUCCCGGCAGCGAUGACGUCAUCCAGGGUUACCUGUUCAAGCGUUCCAGGAGGAAAACUAAAACCUGGAAGAGGUGCUGGUUCACCAUCAGGGACAACCAGCUGAUCUACAGGAAGUCUCACAAGGAGGACGCAGCCGUUCUGUUCGAGGACCUGCGACUCUGCGCCGUCAAGUCUCUGGAAAACACCGAGCGGCGUUUCUGCUUCGAGCUGCUCUCCGUUCAGAAGUGCUGUGCCCUCCAGGCCGACUCUGAGCCGCUGAAACAGUCGUGGCUAGCCGCGCUGCAGGGCAGCAUCGACCUGGCGUACCGGCAGGCCGACGCCCCCCUCCCUCAGCCUAAGGAGCCUCCCCCUCAGCCCGCGGGAGGGGACGGGUCCCCGGCCCCCCCGGGCCCCCCGGCCCCCCCGGGGCCCCCCGCCCACAAGCUGGCGGCGCUGGCCGUGGCCCUCAGGGGCCCCGGGAACCAGCGGUGCUGCGACUGCGGGGAGGAGGAGCCUCGCUGGGCCUCCGUUAACCUGGGCGUCACCAUGUGCAUCGAGUGUUCGGGGAUCCACAGGAGCCUCGGGGUCCACCUGUCCAAGGUGAGGUCUCUCACCCUGGACUCCUGGGAGGCCGAGCAGCUGAAGCUUCUGUGUGUUUUAGGGAACGACACGGUGAACCGGAUCUACGAGGCUCGGUGUCAGGAGGAAGGACGGAUCAAACCCCGGACUGACAGCCCGCGGGCGGAGAAGGAGUCCUGGAUCAGGGAGAAGUUCGUGGAGAAGAGAUUCGUGCAGCCGAGCGGCUCCGACGGAGAUCAACCGCAGAGGGAGGAGGCCGGGCUGCGUCUGUACCGGGCCUCGGUGGCCGGAGACCUGGUUGCCAUGGCAACCGCCCUGGCCCAGAGGGCGGAGGUGAACCGGGCCGUCGCCGAGGAGGAGGGGCGCACGGCGCUGAUCGGAGCCGCCGUCGGGGGGUCACUGUUGUCCUGUGAGUUCCUGCUGCAGAACGGAGCCAACGUGAACCUGAGAGACCAGAGAGGGAGAGGAGCCCUGCACACGGCUGCUACCGGCGGACACACCGGCCAGGUGUGUCUGCUGCUGAAGCGAGGAGCUAACCAGUACGCGGUGGACGAGGGGGGGCAGGACCCGCUGGCCAUCGCCGUGGAGACGGAACACGCCGACAUCGUCACGCUACUCCGCAUGGCCCGGAUGAACGAGGAGAUGAGAGACUCGGAGUGCGUCUUCGGCGCCGCAGGAGACGACGAGACGUUCCAGGAAAUCUUCCGAGACUUCAGCAACAUGGCGUCACACGACCCCGAGAGGCUCAGCCGCCGGUUCGGCCGGGGGGGCGAGGAGGAGGAGGAGGAAGAGGAGGAGGAGGAGGAGGAAGAAGACGGGGAGGGAGGAAGAGGAAGAGGAGGAGGAGGAAGAACUCUGAUUGGCUGACGGGUUUAAGAGGACCGGCGACAGGAAGUGACUCUGGGAACCCGACGCCUCGUCGCAACAAACGUUACCGCGGUAACGGAGGGAUGUUGCAGCCUUCGUCUGCUGAAGACUUUCCUCAGAAACCCGUCUGAGUCCACUUGGGUCCACUUGGGUCCACUUUGGUCCACUUCCUGUCCAGUUGCUGGACGUCAAAUGCUGUCCUUUAUUUUGAAACUCUCCGUCUUACUUGGGUUCAGUUUUUGGAGACCGGUUUAGACCGGUUUAGACCGGGUCGCCGCAGCCGAUAAAAGGGAGUUUGUUUUUGUUUUUCUCUGUGAAAAGUUGAUGAGAAGAUUGAAAAAUCCAGUUAAAUCUGGAAAAAUCCAGUUAAACCUGGGAAAAAAUCCAGUUAAAUCUGGAAAAAUCCAGUUUAACCUGGAAAGGUCCAGUCUUCUCCGGUCCAGUUCCAUUCCUUUAUUCCUUUGAAAUAAGCUUCUUAAAGUCUUUAGUGGUUUUAGUGAAAUCAGGAUGAUUAAAGUAUUUUUUACGUGGUUUUUAGGUCCAGGAGAAUCCAGAUCCAUGUGGAUCCAGAUCAGUCCAGGGGGGACCGGGGACUCCCCCCGUUGUGGUUUCCGGGUCGGUGGACCCUUAGUGGGCGGAGACAGUGGUUUGGCCACGCCCACUAGUGGGCGGAGACAGUGGUUUGGCCACGCCCACCUUACCUCAGUUACACAAACUAGCUAUGUUAGCUUAGCUUAGCUAACCCCUGAAGCUAACAGGCCGGUAGUCGCUGUUUUAUCUUUAAAACUAGAUUUGACUCAUUUUCAGGUCAGAAGUUCACCAGAAGGAACGACGGCUGUGAUGCAGCUGUCACUCAAAAGACCACGCCCCCUAUAAUAUAUAUAAUAUAAUAAUAUAUACGUUUGUGGUUUUAUAGUUUUUUUAUUUUAUUACUUUAUUUUAACCGGUGACAUUGAUAUGAUAUUGAUAUGAUAUUGAUAUAUGAUGAUAUAUGAUAUGAUAUGAUCCCCGAACAGUCGUCAUGGAGGUGAAACUGUAACCAUGGAGACCAGGGGCCUCAUUUAUAAAAGAGUGUGUAGGAUUCAAACUAAAAUUGCACGUAAACCAAAAAGCCGAAAAUGGCGGGCGCAAAAAAUAAUCCAGAUUUAUAAAACCGUGUGCACGCAAUGUUCUCUUUAUGAAUCCCAGUCCAGCUGGAAGGUUGAGGUGAAUUCUCCUCAUAUCCCGCCCUCUACACGCCCACUUUCUACCAUAAAUGAGCAAUGCAAAGUAUUUCAUGAUUGUAUUUGCACAUGAAUGAGCUGCUGAGCAUGCGCAGCGCCACCUGCAGUCUGUUUGGUAUCAGGAUGAAUGAGACGUGUCGAGCCACCGGGACACUGACUUUCACGGAGACUGUUGUGGAGGAGGUGGAGGAAGGAAAACCACCAGGAAAACCACCAAGAAAACCACCAGGAAAACCACAUUAUUUGGUGGUCACAGUAAAAGUGUAAAUCAGGGAUAAUCAAUUGGCGGCCCGCCAGGAGCUUUUAUGUGGCCCCUGGUCAUAUUUAAAAAAAGGGGGUGUUUGUUGGAAAUGUUUUUUUUUUUUUUUUUUUUUAAUUAUAUUUUUAGAACUGGCUACUAUGGACUAAAAUGCUUGUGCUCAAUGCUUAAUAUAAUAUUCAAAUAAGGAAAUCUUGGUGGAAAGUGGUGCUUUGUCAUUAUGGCGUGUUUUAUUAAAAGUAGGUCAAUAUCAACUUCAUUAAGUUUGCACAAUGCAUGGUUUCAAAAUUAACUUGCAUUCAAAAUAAUAUUUCUUUAUCUGAAUAUUAUAUUUAACAUUCAGAAUUACUAAAUCUGGAGACAAUUAAUACAUAAUUCAUAUGUAAACUAGAUAUAUUCAAAUGUAUAAUACAAAUGUAUUAUAUUUACAUAAGUCUUCGUCUUUGAGUGCAAAAUACAUUUUGAAAACCCCCACAUUUUCAAAUUGUGCGGCUUCUCCAUACAGUCCUUUUGCAGAUGUGGCCCCGGCCCAAUCUAGUUGAAGACCCCUGGUAUAAAUAAUAUAUAAAUAGUAUAAAAUAAAGCUGCUCAGGGUUGGUUUAUGGUUCCACGUCACCAACGCAGAGCCUACGGCGUAGGUGCGCGUCCCCGCGUACCCUACGGCGUAGGUGCGCGUCCCCGCGUACCCUACGGCGUAGGUGCGCGUCCCCGCGUACCCUACGGCGUAGGUGCGCGUCCCCGCGUACCCUACGGCGUAGGUGCGCGUCCCCGCGUACCCUACGGCGUAGGUGCGCGUCGCCGCGACGCGCACCUACGCCGUAGGGUAGGUGCGCGGGGUCGGCGUAAAGAUACGCAGAUGUUUUGGUUAAAUUUUUCUUUUUAAAUCCCAACCUUUGCGUAGAAGGUGUUGCAUCUUUCAGCCUGUUUUGUAGCAGCUUUAUACAUGAGGCCCCUGAUCUGUUUCUGUUUAGACUGUGAAGAUGUUUAUUUCUGCUGUAAAGUUUGAAGCUGCAGGUCCAGGUCCAGGUCUGGAUCCAGGUCCAGGUCCAGAUCCAGGUCUGGAUC